GAAGGGGGAGGAGCCAGUACACGCAGCCACGUGUUCGCCUGCUGGUAACCUCUCAUAUUCUCCGUGCAGGAUCUCGAGAAGGUGUGAAGAGGACAGCAGAGCCGCCUGCACGCACAAAUCAGCUGCUGCUGUUGAAUAAACCAAGACACCAAAGGAGAGGCAAACCAGUAGGAUGUGGCUGACUCUUCUUUACAGCUGCUGCGGUGGAGCAGCUCUUCUCUAUGCUCUGUACCGAUGGGUGAUCCCCACCGCUGUGCAGCAUCACGCUGGGCUGGCGCUGUUCUGGCACGAUGUCAUUGUGGAGAGGAUGCUGGACACAUUGACCAAGUCCACACGUCCUCAGCGGCUCCUGGGCGCAGUGCAGAAGAACGCCACUAGAGGGGACCCUCGCAGCGUGAUCCAGGCCAUCGAUCACUUCUGCAGAAGCAAGGAGUGGGCCAUGAAUGUGGGGGAUGAGAAAGGCUGCAUUCUUGACUCAGUGGUGUCAGAGGUGAACCCAGCCACCGUGCUGGAGCUGGGAACCUACUGUGGCUACUCCGCGGUCCGGAUCGCCUGCCGCCUUCCACCUCGCGCCAAGCUCAUCACUCUGGAAUUCAACCCUGAGGUUGCCGUAAUUGCCCGUCAAGUCAUCGCGUGGGCCGGAGUGGAGGACAAGGUCCAGUUAGUUGAAGGUGCAUCUGGUGACUGGAUCCCCAGAAUGAAGGAGCAGUUUGGGGUGAAAACAUUUGAUUUGGUUUUCCUGGAUCACUGGAAAGACCGCUACCUUCCCGACACUAAACUCAUGGAGGAGUGCGGACUCCUCAGGAAAGGCAGCGUCCUGCUGGCGGACAACGUCAUCUGCCCCGGAACUCCUGACUACCUGGAAUAUGUCCGAAACACCCCGCGAUACAAGAGCCAGUACUUCAAAGCUCACCUGGAGUACACCAAAGUGGAGGACGGGAUGGAGAAGUCCGUCUUCUUAGGGUAGCUUUUUCACUGGUAAUGUCAGGUUUUACACAGUUACCAGCAAACCCUUUGGCCCGGGCUCGUCUUAGCUUCACAGAGAAAACUUAAAAUCAGUCAGAGUUUACAAAUGUGAAAUUAAAAAUACGGUGAAGAA